CGCCGCAGUACAAGGCUUCGUCCCUUCCUUCCAGGCUGGCCUGGCCCGCGAACCCCGCGCGGGGCUGAGCGAUUCUCUCCGCCGCCGGAGCGGGGCGCUGCGCUCGCGGGGAGGCCGGAAAUUCCCGCGGCCUGACUGGUGGAGAUCUUGGGGGAGCGCGGCCCCGCCUUCCUCCUCCCCGGGCCGGGCGGGGGCGUUGGGCACCGCGAGGGCCCGGCUGCCUGAGUGGGUGGAGAGGGUAAGGGGCAGCGGAGCCUGUGGCGGGCGCGGAGCGCGGGCGAGGCGGCUGCGCCUUCCCCGCUGCACCGGAGCUGGGAGACCCUUGCGCCCCGGCUCCUGGCCCCCGCCCCCUCGUGGUCUCCGCCUCCUUCCCUCACACACCCCCCCGGGCCACAGGCCUUCCCGGCGCUCCUCCUCUCUUUCCCUACACUCGCUGGAACCUGGGUCCUCCUGCUGCUGCCCGCCGGCCUUGCUGCCUCGGGGCCGAGUCCUCCUCCCCGGCUUCUCCUUUCACACUCGCGCGCCCUCGAUCGCUGGGCCGCCCCCUGGUCUCCAGUCCUCCUCCUCGUCCUUGCUAACGCCGCCGUCGGGGAAGGAUUGAUGUCCCUUCAGCAUCAUGCAGCCGCCGCCGAGGAAGGUGAAAGUUACACAAGAACUGAAAAAUAUUCAAGUUGAACAGAUGACAAAACUUCAAGCCAAACAUCAAGCAGAAUGUGAUUUGCUUGAAGAUAUGAGGACAUUCAGUCAGAAGAGGGCUGCUAUUGAAAGAGAGUAUGCACAGGGUAUCCAGAAGUUGGCUAGCCAAUACCUGAAGAGAGAUUGGCCUGGAAUAAAAGCUGAUGAUCGGAAUGAUUACAGGAGUAUGUAUCCUGUUUGGAAAUCUUUUCUCGAGGGAACAAUGCAAGUGGCCCAGUCUCGAAUCAAUAUAUGUGAAAACUAUAAAAACUUCAUUUCUGAGCCUGCAAGGACAGUGAGAAGUUUAAAAGAACAACAACUAAAAAGGUGUGUGGACCAGCUAACAAAGAUCCAAACUGAGCUACAAGAGACAGUGAAAGAUUUAGCUAAAGGCAAAAAGAAGUACUUUGAGACUGAACAGAUGGCUCAUGCAGUACGAGAGAAGGCUGACAUUGAGGCAAAGUCUAAACUUAGUCUUUUUCAAUCAAGAAUCAGUCUGCAGAAGGCAAGCGUAAAGUUAAAAGCCCGGCGAUCUGAGUGUAAUUCCAAAGCUACUCAUGCGAGGAAUGAUUAUCUUCUUACUCUAGCAGCAGCAAAUGCACAUCAGGAUCGCUACUAUCAAACAGAUUUAGUUAACGUUAUGAAGGCUCUUGAUGGAAAUGUGUAUGAUCACCUCAAAGAUUAUUUAAUAGCCUUCAGCCAGACUGAACUUGAAACAUGCCAAGCUGUGCAGAACACAUUCCAGUUUCUACUAGAAAACUCCAGCAAGGUGGUACGGGACUAUAAUCUUCAGCUGUUCCUACAAGAGAAUGCCGUAUUUCACAAACCCCUGCCCUUCCAGUUCCAGCCCUGUGACAGUGAUACUAGCCGUCAGUUAGAAUCAGAAACUGGAACUACAGAAGAGCACAGUCUAAAUAAAGAGGCUCGGAAAUGGGCCACACGCGUAGCACGUGAGCACAAAAAUAUUGUUCAUCAUCAACGGGUUCUAAAUGAUCUGGAGUGUCAUGGAGUUCCUUUAUCAGAACAAAACCGAGGAGAGGUGGAGCAGAAAAUAGAGGAAGCUAGAGAAAAUAUUCGUAAAGCAGAGAUAAUUAAGUUGAAAGCAGAAGCCCGACUUGACCUGCUAAAGCAGAUUGGUGUUUCUGUGGACACAUGGCUGAAGAGCGCCAUGAACCAAGUAAUGGAAGAACUGGAAAAUGAGCGGUGGGCCCGCCCUCCCACAGCAACUAGCAAUGGCACUCUGCACUCGCUUAAUGCCGAUACUGAGAGAGAAGAAGGAGAAGAGCUCGAAGACAACAUGGAUGUUUUUGAUGAUAGUAGUUCCAGCCCUUCUGGCACCUUAAGAAAUUAUCCACUCACCUGCAAAGUUGUUUAUUCCUACAAGGCUUCUCAACCAGAUGAGUUGACCAUUGAGGAACAUGAGGUGUUAGAAGUGAUUGAAGAUGGAGAUAUGGAAGACUGGGUAAAGGCUCGAAAUAAAGUUGGCCAAGUGGGUUACGUGCCAGAAAAAUACCUACAGUUUCCCACCUCGAACAGCUUACUGAGCAUGCUGCAGUCCCUGGCUGCUUUGGAUAGUCGGUCACAUACAUCCAGCAAUUCUACGGAAGCAGAACUCGUUUCAGGCAGCCUCAACGGAGAUGCCAGUGUCUGUUUUGUGAAAGCACUUUAUGACUAUGAAGGCCAGACGGAUGAUGAGUUGUCUUUUCCUGAGGGAGCAAUCAUUCGAAUUUUGAACAAAGAAAACCAAGAUGAUGAUGGCUUCUGGGAAGGGGAGUUCAAUGGGCGGAUUGGAGUUUUCCCAUCGGUGCUAGUGGAAGAACUUUCAGCCUCAGAAAAUGGUGACACUCAAUGGAUGAAAGAGAUUCAGAUCUCUCCUUCCCCAAAGCCGCAUGUCUCCCUGCCUCCACUGCCUUUGUAUGACCAGCCUCCCAGCAGCCCGUACCCUAGCCCAGAUAAGAGGAGCUCCCAGUUCUUCCCCCGAUCUCCUUCAACACAAGAAAACAGCCUUCAUGCCGAAUCCCCAGGAUUCUCACAGGCAUCCAGGCAGACUCCUGAGGCCUCAUAUGGCAAACUACGACCUGUCCGGGCAGCUCCCCCUCCACCUACACAGAACCACCGGAGGCCAUCGGAGAAGAUGGAAGAUGUGGAGAUCACACUGGUGUGACAAUGGUUUGCCCUCCCUAUGGCUACAAUCAAGGCCAGGCUUGGAGUUUGGCCAGUCUCAUUUUUUAGGCACCUUUGCAUGAUGGCUCUUGAACAGAGCAAAACCAAGGAGGAUUUUAUGUGACUGGGUGGCCUGGUGGACUUUUCCCAUGUUUUGAAUAUUUUGUGCCUUUUUUUUGUUGUCAUUUUCUAUGUCAUGUCUCCUACCAUAGCACAAAUCCUAGUGGGCCCCAGAAUAAAGGGGAACAGCCCUCAGGUCUAACAGUUUUUAUGUGAGACUCAAAAUCAGGCCUCAUCCCAGGGCGCAGUCACAGAAUUACUGAUCAUGUGCACUCGUACAGUAUAUUACUGUGGCCACAAGGAUGUGGCAAAGAUCUCAUCUUUCUCCAAGUGGCUUUUGCUCCUCUGAUUAAGUAUUAAUCAUGUCAUGUUGGCUCCUAAAGGAAACAGAAAGAGGGAUCAGGAGAGGCUGGCUCCUCCCCGAAGUUCAUCCCCAGACUUAAAGUGAACCUUACUGAGAAAAAAGUAGACUGCCCUGAAUUUAGGGCCAAUUACAUUAACACACAUCUCUUCUACAACUAACAGGUUUAAAAUAACAGUGUCCUUUGUAUGAAUAUUUAUGCCAUUCAGUUAGUGUUAGUGAGGCUAACCUGGAGGGGCUGAACUAAUAGCCACAUCUUGCCCAUCACAGACUAAUAGAAAAGAGGCUGUGGCUAACACAGAAAAGGAGCUUCUGGAUCUGAAGUGAGCUGGUUUAAUGUUCUUCUUGUCUUUGGGUAGUUCUCAUCUUAGUUUCUACAGCAUAUAUUUUUCUGACCAGUAUACUCUUUGAACAUGAAUGUCUGGAUACAUUGAGGACACAUGUCUAUCAUUAUGCUUCUGUACUGGGGAGACCCCCUAGAAUUAUUUCAUUCCCAGACCAGCACACUGGCCCAAAUAGCUGGGUUAUGGUUAGGGCAGACCAGCUGUCACUCAGCUUUCAGAUCCCACUGCCCAGUUACUUUGGAAGAAGUAACUUCUUCUUUGGGAGAAAAUCCUGUGGGCCCCUGGAGGAGAACAGCUUCCUGUGGGAAAGGACUAAAGGAUGCACAGCUUGCACAAAUGCAGGCUAACAAGGAAAAGGGAGCCUCUGUGUGUCCCAGGUUGGUGGCGGGGCAUGCUUCUCCAUGACAUAGCAGCAGGGCCCAGAGUGGCCCUCUGGGUCUUCAGCCCAUGGCAGGUAGGGAAUGUGUUACCCAGGGACAAAGGGAUGUUUGCCAGAUGCUUUUAAAAUUUUUGUUGGCCAGGUGUGGUGGUGCACACCUAUAACCCCAGCAAUUGGGAGGCUGAG